GCUGACACUAUGAUUACCAUAAAUUCCACCACUUCAUAGUUUUGCGUUAUGGCGCGAGGUACCUACGAAGAGGCUGCGGCCCUGCAAGCAUUGAUACAAUCGAAUCUGCGUCUAUUGUAUCCGUCUCAGAAAACUGAAGUGGUGACAUAUGACGGCGAAGGGAAUAACGUCUAUGCCUGCGUAGUUUGUAUCCGAUCGGACGGCGAGCCUGAUAUCUUGGUUCAAGGAAAUCCAGGGGACAACCAUGCAUAUGCUCUGUUGAAUUCUGCGUUAGAGCAAGUUUACUACAAAACUAUGCAACUGUUGGGGGAGAAGUUUAAAAAGACAAACGCUCAGUAGAUCUUUCUAAUCACUUGGGCUACCUCGCAGAAGACCUUGACACUAGCUUAAGGUAGUCAGGUGCAUUUUUGCUCUAUGGCGCCUCGAGGCUAUAUCAAACACUGAAAAAAAAUUAAAAAAUAC